AUGCGUGUGUGUAUGCGUGUGAUGAUCACGAACACGCGGGGCUUCCUGUGGUCGGACCUGGAGACGCGGGCGCUGCUGGAGAUCUGGGGCGAGGCGGACGUGCAGUCGGCGCUGGACGGCAACUUUCGGAACAGCCAUGUGUACCGGGACGUGGCCUGCCGCCUGGCCGAGCUGGGCUUCGAGCGCACCCCCGAGCAGUGCCGCAUCCGCAUCAAGGGCCUCAAGCGCCAGUACUACCAGGCCCGGGACGGGCUGAAGAAAAACGGGCACGCCCGCAAGAUAUGCAAGUACUACGACGAGAUGGACCGGAUCCUCAGCUGCCGGGGGGGGCCCGACGGCGCCCCCGAGCCGCUGGCCCCGCCGCCCGAGGGUGCCCAGCCGGCGGGGCCGCUCGCCGGGCCGCCCACGCCGGGCACGCCGCACAACAGCCGCGAGGUGGACGCCGAGCUGGACGAGGACGCCGAGCUGGAGUCCCCCCGCGACAACUUCACCGAGGACUCCGGGGAGUGCUCCUCCUACGCCGACCACCCCAUCAAGGUGGAGUGCCCCCCCUUCGCCAUCCCCGUGCCGCCGGGCGACGGCUUUAAAGAAAUCAAUGCUCCCACUAUUACCCCACCUCUCAAUCAGCCCAAAAGAUCAAAAAAACGUCAUGCAAAUUUAACGUUGGAUAAAAUGAUGGAAAAAUUCCUGCAGCAGAGCGUGGAUACAGAAGAGAAAUUUUACAGAUAUGAAGAGCAGAGGCUCAAAAUUGAGGACAAGCGUCGGGAAGCUGAGCAUGCUCGAGAACUCCAGAUGUUACAGAUGUUGGGACAGAUGUUGGCAGGAAUUUCUUCUACGGUAUCUCAAAGGUCACAAUCUAUACCAGCAAGUCCACCUCAGAGAGCGAACCAUCGUUCGUAUGGGGAUAACUUUAAUUAUAAUGCUAUGACAGCAGCACUUUCUCCACCGAUAGUUAUAGAGAGAUCUUUUUCACUGCACAGAACACACUCUCUAAAGGAUAUGGAGAACAUUUUUCAACUGGUGCGCAAUGUUAUCCCUCCUCUAACAGGGAAAAGGCAUAAAGGUCAAGAUGGACGUAUAGGCAUUGUUGGAGGAUGUCAAGAAUACACUGGAGCACCGUAUUUUGCUGCAAUUACAGCUCUCAAAGUGGGUGCAGAUUUAUCCCAUGUGUUUUGUACCAAAGAUGCAGCAACAGUAAUCAAAUCAUAUAGUCCAGAGCUGAUUGUUCAUCCAGUUCUCGAUAGUCCCAAUGCUGUCCAUGAGGUGGAAAAGUGGUUACCACGGCUGCACUCAGUUGUCAUAGGACCUGGCUUAGGUAGAGACGAAGUUCUACUUGAGAACGCUAAGGGUAUUAUAGAAAAAUCGAAAGUGAAAGGAAUUCCUAUCAUUAUUGAUGCUGAUGGACUGUGGCUCAUCUCCCAGCAGCCUUCUCUUAUUCAAGGCUACCAGCGAGCUAUUCUUACUCCAAACUAUAUGGAGUUUAGUAGACUGUAUGAAGCCAUGCUUAGAGACCCCGUAGACAGUAGUGAUCAUCAUGGAUGUGUAUUAAGACUCAGCCAAGCCAUGGGGAAUUUGACAAUUGUUCAAAAGGGAGAAAGAGAUCUUAUUUCAGAUGGAGAGAAAGUACUUGUAUGCAGUCACGAAGGAAGCAGCCGGAGAUGUGGUGGACAGGGGGACCUCCUUUCUGGUUCUCUUGGAGUCUUAGCGCACUGGGCAUUUCUUGCUGGAGCAGAAAAAACAAAUGGUCAAAAUCCCUUUCUAGUGGCUGCAUUUGGAGCUUGCUCUCUUACGAGGCAGUCUAACCACCAAGCCUUUCAAAAAUUCGGACGUUCAAUGACUGCCUCUGACAUGGUUUCAGAAGUUGGAACAGCUUUUAACAAACUUUUUGAAACCUGAAGCCAAAGCAGCAGAGAAGAAGAAAAGGAAGAACAAUGACUGCAAGAGUAAUUACAUUUACCGUAGAAUUUACAUAAGUAAUGCACCCUUUCAAGUGCUGUAGCAGCAUUGGUAUGCUAGGUAGAUUUUUUUUAUUUUUAAGAAUAGAAAAAUAUGAUUAAUGUAGAUAUUUUUUAAGAGUUUGGAAUACAGAAAUGUUUUGGCUGAAUUAAGAUGUAGUUGCAGAUCUGUUAUAAUAUAAUAAAACUAAACUGAAAGUAUUCCUCUGUUCUUUUUGAUAGUUAUUGAGCAAUAACUAAAGUGUGAACAGCAAAAAAAAAAAUGCACUUGAUACUUAGAUAAAAUUCUUCCACCAGCUCAACUGAAUUUCUUGGAUUGCACCAAGGUUGUCAUGUUUUCAUUCUUAGACCCUCUGUCUAGAAUUAGCUAUUGCACUUCAUUUUUUGCCAUGCUAGUAUAUUAAGAAGCAAAAAGUAAGCCUCUUUGGAAAGGGAAUGCAUGAGAGUUGCUGUAGAUUUUGAAUGUAAUUAGUUGCCUUUUCCCAUUCCCGGUCCCAGAGGCAGCGUUCGUUUCAACAAGACAGCUCUUCCUCCAACAUCUUGGGGUUUUGUUGGUUUUUUUUUGUUUUUGUUUUUUUUUUAGAAGGUUCCCCCAUUGCAGAAUAAGGAUAUACUGUAGGUAUUUCAGCACUAAACAGUAAUUAUGCUUACCUGAAAAAAAAUUGUCUAUUCCUUUAGCUGGCCUUGACUCAUCUAGAACUCGGUAUGAUGAACUUUGUGAAAUGGUCAUUUGGAGAGGUGUACUAGGCAGGGUAAGAAACUUAGUGAUACCUAACUAACUGAACUGGUCAAACUCUCCAGUGAUCAUGGAAGAGUGAAGUGCUUUUAAAACUCAAAUUGCUUGCUGAGUUAGAGCUCUGAGAAGAUCAGCGUACAGACGCAUAGGUGGCUAGCUGUUAACCGGCAGGAAUGUGAACUGAGGGAACGAAAGGCAGCCAACAGCACGUACUGGUACCCUCGCAGUGUUGUGCAGGCAGCUGUACACGGCAAGUCAAAGGCAGGAAUAGAAAAAUGGGGGUCGGUGUUUGAGCUCCGAGUGCAGCACCUGGGUUUAGGGGCUUUCUGCUCGAUCCUUAGCAAGACAGACCAGGACAUCUACUGUUAGGGCCAUAGCUGUCUGGCUUGUUGGGAGGGCAGAUGAGUGUUGGGUAUAAAGGGGAAGUUGUGUGGGAUUUUGCACAGUAUCAGUUCUUAAAUUUCUGGAAAUUCAGUCAAAGCUUGUAGGGGUUGAACCAAUAUGGAGAGAGGGGCAACUUCAUGCAAAGUACAUUUAAGUGGGUGCUGCCCUUAAACCUACAAUCUAGCUCCAAGCGUAUAUACUCAUUAAAGCGCAGGAACAAGCAUAUAACGUGUCUAGUUAUUGCAAUAGAUGUUACAUAUUCAUUGCAGCCACUCUUUUCCAGCUCUAGAUUGGAAUAUGGUGUCAUGCAUACUAGUCAGAUUGCAUUCUCGUACCUUGCAAUAGCUGCCCACAGAAAGCACCUGGAAUCAGAAAGGCUGCUCCGAGUAUUUCCCUUCAGCCCUUAUAGUUGAUAUUUCUGGAUGCACUGUGACUACUACCUCACCCCGAUGCAUUUUUUGUUUUUCUUUUUAAACGAGUUACCUAUUUUUAAAAUAGGUUUUUAAAUGUUUGCUCAUUUUGGUCUAUGAGGGUUCACAGACUUUUUAGAUUAGAGCAACAUCUACUCAUAAGAGAUGGAUUUUUGGUGUUUAAUUUAAGCAGUUUUGUAAACUGUCUACAUCUUUGGGGAAACUAAGCUACUAUUUGAGAAGCCCAUCUUCUUUUAAAUACAAUCAGAAAGUUAACAUUGAUUUUAACCAGCUACUGGAUUUCCUUUAAAAUGAGCGGGUUUUUUUAUUUAGAACAUCAGUGGUAUAAUCUAAAUGGCAUUUGUAGGCGAACUCAAUCAAUUAACAGAGCUCAGUACAGACUUCAACCUGCCGUGUUGGUUUUAAAUCUACACAGAAGUUGUAACUCUGUUAUUCACUAAUGUAUACAAAUUGUUGCAAUUUUUAAACAUUCUGGAAAUGUAGCAGUUUCUUUUGGUAGGAAAUAAAAAUAAUAGCA